ACUGCCCCACUACCUCCUCCAGCAGCCACCGCCCCACUACCUCCCCCAGCAGCCACCGCCCCACUACCUCCUCCAGUAGUCACCGUCCCUCUACCUAUAGACACGUCGCCUCCUGGUGUAAGAAUAGAACAUCCGCUUCCUGUCAUCUAUGAUUCUUAACAGCCUCCAGUUUUCGAGUUCAGGACAGAGCCUCCAUCCUCGCCUCCACCCCCAGUCAUUAAGGACCUUCCUCCUGACGCACAACUUCCUCUUAUCACACCUACGCCACCUAGUGACCCCGUGCCAGAGACUGAGCCCCCCCUCCCCCCCAUCACCAGUGGAGGAGUCUCUUCCCCCUGACCCCGGGCCGGAGAUUGACCCUCUGCCAACCCCCUCCGCGGAGUACCUCCGUCCUCCUCCCGCGCCAGUGAGCCACGAGAUUUUCCUCUCUGUUCCUCCUCAACCUGUUAGCGUGACAAGUCAGCAGAAGGGAGACGUAAUCACAGUAGGCGGAGAAGAAUUCCUCGUGCCAGCAGAACUGUCGCCGGUGGUCACCUUGCCGGAGUACAGAUCACAAGUACGGUACAGCCAGGGGACAGCACCGGCGACACACCCUCACCAGGAGGUAGUCAAGGUGCUGUCACCUCACAGUGUGGCGUCACAGCCUCCACUCUCCCGCCACAGUGUACACGUAAACAACACCUUCCCGCUCAAAGCCUCGCCCUCAACCUCACACGUGACCGCCAUCAGGAGGGUACACCCGGAGUGUCUUCAGAAUCAUAAUUGUCUGGACGCAGAGAUCUGCCUAACGGGAGGUGCAUCGACGAGUGUGUCAUCGCUGAGGAUGUGUGUGUUGGUAACUCUUUCUGUCGCACACGUCACACACCCGGCUGUGUUUGUCCCAACAUGUCCACAGCCGUCACGGUGCGGGGCAGCGGUCGUGGCCAAUAUGACUGUAUGCCCAUGAAAACGAUGGGGCGACGACCAGCCCAACGCCGAUACAGAAGUAACUCUGGCGGCCACCUGAGGAACCACAGGCCCAUGACGGUGAUCCACGGCAACAACCACAGGACGCCGCUGUUGUAUAAGCAGCCAUACACACAGUCACACUCACACAUACCCUCAUCUUCGCAUGAACCUCCACCUGGCUCAGUCUUCCUCACCCUCCUCGUUUUAUAU